CGUGGACCACUAUGCAAGGCUGAAACCUUAAACCUCACAUCUAAGAUACUAUCAGCUUUCCCUCUUUUAAAAAGAGUCAACAGAAAACAUUGCCCAAACUACAACUCCCAAGAUGCAAAGCUGCUUCGGCCCCUCUGUUUUGGCCCUCCAGCUUUAAUGAUCCCGUCAUGCAUCGAGGUGCGCGAAAGGCAGCCUGGGAAGAGUAGUUCGUCCGGGCACCUACCGGUAUCGCCAGCGCGGCAGAAGCUGUUGUCGCGGCUGGAGCCCGGGGUCGUGUGAGGGUGAGCUCAGUGGAGAAAGGGCGCGAAGGGAAACGGUGAGUCAGGCGCGGGCUACGCGAUAAAGGGAGGCGGCACCGCAGCGAAGGCCCAGUUGAGUAACUACGGCCGCGGGCCGACUGUCCUGGGACGCCGCUGUGUCUGUGUCGGCGUCGGCGAGGGAGGCGUGAGGAGGAGCCGGGCGUCUGCAGCCGUUCUCGUCCCCGGCGCCCCGCCGCCAUCUCCACCAUGCAGUCCCGGGAAGACGCCCCGCGCUCUCGCCGCCUCGCCAGUCCCCGCGGCGGGAGGCGACCCAAGAGGAUCUCCAAGCCUUCGGUGUCGGCCUUUUUCACGGGCCCCGAGGAGCUGAAGGACGCGGCCCACUCUGCAGCCCUCCUGGCCCAGCUCAAGUCUUUCUACGACGCGCGGCUGCUGUGUGAUGUGACCAUCGAGGUGGUGACGCCCGGCAGCGGGCCCGGCACGGGGCGCCUCUUCUCGUGCAACCGCAACGUGCUGGCGGCGGCGUGCCCCUACUUCAAGAGCAUGUUCACGGGCGGCAUGUACGAGAGCCAGCAGGCCAGCGUGACCAUCCACGACGUGGACGCCGAGUCCUUCGAGGUCUUGGUGGACUACUGCUACACCGGCCGCGUGUCCCUGAGCGAGGCCAACGUGCAGCGCCUGUACGCGGCCUCGGAUAUGCUGCAGCUGGAGUACGUGCGCGAAGCCUGUGCUUCCUUCCUGGCUCGCAGGCUUGACCUGACCAACUGCACUGCCAUCCUCAAGUUUGCCGACGCCUUUGACCACCACAAGCUGCGCUCCCAGGCCCAGUCCUUCAUAGCUCACAACUUCAAGCAGCUCAGCAGGAUGGGUUCCAUUCGGGAGGAGACGCUGGCAGACCUGACCCUGGCGCAGCUGCUGGCCGUGCUGCGUCUCGACAGUCUGGACGUAGACAGUGAGAAGACAGUGUGUCAUGUGGCCGUGCAGUGGCUCGAGGCUGCUCCCAAAGAGCGGGGCCCCAGUGCUGCAGAAGUCUUCAAGUGUAUUCGUUGGGCGCAUUUCCCUGCGGAAGACCAGGACUACCUGGAAGGGCUGCUGACCAAGCCUAUUGUGAAGAAGUACUGCCAGGACAUUAUUGAAGGGGCCCUCCUGCAGCUGCGUU